AUGUCCAUCACCAACUGCACGCUGAUAACAGAAUUCAUUUUACUCGGGCUCACUGAUCGCCCAGAACUGCAGCCUCUCCUCUUUGUACUGUUUCUCAUUGUUUACACCGUCACUGUCUCAGGCAACAUGGGCAUGAUAGUGCUAAUCAGAAUAGACUCUCGUCUUCACACUCCCAUGUACUUCUUCCUCACUAACUUGGCAUUUGUGGAUUUGUGCUACACGUCCACUGCAACCCCUCAGAUGUUGACUAAUUUCUUAUCAGAGAAGAAGACCAUUUCCUUUGUUGGCUGCUUUAUACAGUGUUACCUUUUCAUUGCUCUUCUCCUCACAGAGUUUUAUAUACUGGCAGCCAUGGCCUAUGACCGCUAUGUGGCCAUAUGCAACCCUCUGCACUACAGUGUGAAAAUGUCCAGGCGAGUCUGCAUCUUUUUGGCCCUAUUUCCUUAUGUCUAUGGAUUCUCAGAUGGGCUAUUCCAGGCCAUUCUGACUUUCAGAAUGACCUUCUGCAGAUCCAAUGUCAUCAACCACUUCUACUGUGCUGAUCCCCCACUCAUCAAGCUUUCUUGCUCUGACACUUAUGUCAAAGAACAUGCUAUGCUAAUAUCAGCAGGCUUCAACCUCUCCAGUUCUCUCACCAUAAUCCUCAUGUCUUAUGCCUUCAUUAUUGUUGCCAUUCUCCGGAUCAAGUCAGCAGAGGGAAGGCACAAGGCAUUCUCCACCUGUGGCUCCCACAUGAUGGCUGUCACCUUAUUUUAUGGCACUCUGUUCUGUAUGUAUGUAAGACCCCCAACUGAUAAGACUGUGGAGGAAUCGAAAGUGAUUGCUGUCUUCUACACCUUUGUAAGUCCAGUGCUGAAUCCAUUGAUCUACAGCCUGAGAAACAAAGAUGUAAAACAGGCCUUGAAAUCCAUCCUCAGAAGAAAUACUAUCAUGAUGAGAUAA